AUGUGGGAACCUUUGAUAGGCGGAAUUUUAGAAUUGGCAAGCGUUGACCUUAACUUCGAAGAUGUUGUUGCAAUUAUUACUUCAAGAAUUAAAAUUUCUAUAAGGCGAUCAAGACUUGACUUGUUAAUAAGCUCAGCUCAUUCUUCGAAGGCCUUAUUUGUAUCUCCAAAGAUCAAACACAUAUCGUUCAGAAAAGAAAUUCUUGGACUCAACAAAAUUCUUUUUAUAAUCUAUUCUAUCUCCUUUUCGUCUCACAAUUAUACAAUUGAUGAACUUUUGAUUAAAACAAUUGAACAGUUCUCGUAUCCUGAAAUAGUAGACUUUAGAACUGGAAGCACUUCGUGGCUACAGUUUGCGAAGCUUCCAGUCAGGAAACCAGACCUGGCAUAUGGAGAGUGGCCUACUGGUUUAUCUGCAAGGGUGUUGUUACGUGUGUCAUUCAUCGCUGACGAGCCAAAUCUUAUCAUAAUCACUAAGCAGUUACCAUCUCAAUUAGCCGAAUUGCUAUUGGUGGCAUGGUGCCUUGCAGUGCCAUGCCCAGUCUCCCCAGACUUUGACUGUUGGCAUUUGCAACCGAGUGAAGCAAGCACGUCAAAUCAGUCGUGUGAAGAAGAUAUUGUAAUUGAAGCUGAGGAUGACGAUUUGGAUGAACCAGACUUACAGUCACAUGACAACGAAGAGGAUUCACAACGCACCCGUCACCCUUUAGAAAUGUUGAAGUGGUCCGUAGUCAACUUGGAAAUUUUUGAUGGUGAGCAAUCUGAUGAUGAACUUCGAUCAAUAGCUAGGAUAUUGCAAUCGCUUAAGAAGAAAGGUUGA